AUGGGCCAACUCACUUCCCAGCCCCGUGACGGCGCUUCGCCGUCUCACGAUACAGUUCUCAGCCCUUCGCAGGGUACAGACGGCCCCGAUCAAGGAAUCCCCGUUAUCACCCGUAUUCGCACCGAGGGCGGUAAGACAGCUACAGUGACCAUCACCCUGCAAGAGACAGCGUUGACGUCGGCCUUGGCCUCUACCUUCACUACCUCCUCACUGUUGCCAGUGAUGACAACUAUGAUGACUUCCAUGCGGCCUUCGCUAACCACCUCCACGCUCUCGUCUGCCGAACAGAACACGCGACUGCCCAAGUCGACCGGCUCACCUGACCAGGAACCCCAUGUCAGUCUUUCCAGGAACACAUUGAUUAUCAUCAUUUCUGUUGCUGUUGGCAGCGUGCUCUUCUUUCUGUUCCUCAUCGGCAUGAUUCACGCUUACGUGCGCCGAAGACAUGCGAUCAAGGAAGAUGCUAAGAAGGAGGCUGCUGCUGCUGCUGGCAUUCAGGAACGUGAGCAGGAUCAGUCUUCUCACCGGCAUUUCAAUGAGAAUGCCUACAGCAUGGCCAUGUCUCAACCAGCGCCACGCGCGCGCUCGGAGCCGGAUCUGUACCAGCAACUUCACCCGUCGCACGAGGUAGCCAACACCAGUUUCCAUACCCUGCCCGCCGCCUACCCCGCGUACGAGCUACAUCCAGCACGGGUUAUCGCUGAGCUUCCUGCCGAGCCACAUGGCAGCGGUCUUCCGCAUUACGGUUAUCGAGGAUAA